AUGAUCGGCAAUUCUUGGCACCUCCCUACCUGUCGCUUUCUCUUGUUCGCAGUCCUGCUGGCCAAUCAGGCCAUUUCCUUGCAAGCCCUGGGACAGGACUCCCGGUACACACAAGUCCAGACCCCGCUUCUCGAAGUUCGCUUUCACCCGGACGGCUCUCGCCCGCUCUGCAGGAUGGCCUCGUUCUGGAGACGUUCGGGGAUCAACUGGGACCCCAAGGAGCCACGACAGCCUCAGCUCCAGCCCCCUGGCCGUGACGAGUUCGCCCACUUCCAAUGGGCCUUGUCCUUACAGUGGCUCGACCUCUUCCCCGUGAACCUUAACCGGUGUUUGCAGUGGGCCCUGGACAUGCAGCAACACAUGGGGGCAUCCCUACAACAGUGGCGAGACUCAGUUCGAGAGGACGUACAAGCUCUAGUUCGCGAGCUGGCAGAAGAGCAAGAGGCAUGGAUGUCAGCUGCUCCGGCCCAUGUCAUCCGUGUUUACAAACAAGGUACGGGCAGGAAUGUGGUGUCGCUCCUUGUGAUGGCUCACCUUUUGCAGUUGUUCGCUUUUCCAGAGUUCGAGCUCCUGGUUCGCGACCUCUUCCACAGCUUUCCCCUGCUGGGCCCGGAGACUCUUCGUUCGGAAGUCGAGGCCGAAGCCAAGAAGGACAGGUUCGUGGGUCCUUUCGGCACCGCGUGGCUCCGUGCCAACUCCAAAGAGGAAGGAGAUGUCCCGCCGUACGCCGGAACACAGACUGUGAUUUCCCAGCUGCGAUACGUGGCGACCACCGGCCAACCAAGGCUGUUUGCGGUCGACCAUGAAGGAGCGUACCGUAGCCUUCCGGUUCGCAAGCCCUCGGAAUGCUGCACCAUCCUGCCGGGAGACCCCGCCGCCGUCUGGAUGCACCAGGUCUUGCCUUUUAGCAGCUCGGGCAGCGUUUGGUCUUACAUCAGGGUCGCAGACGCCCUGUGCUUCCUGAGCAUAGUGCUGCUAUGGCUGGCAGCAGCCCACUUCGUGGACGACUUCUUCGGAUGCGAGCGCCUCGAGUCCGCCGACCACGGCUUCCAAGGCUUUCAGGGCAUCCGGGACUCCCUCACCUCAUGUGCAGCCGAGCCAGCCAAGCUCGCCGGUAAGCUCGGGUUCGCAACGUCUUGGAUGUUCGGUUCGGCCUACAUCUUCUGGUUGGAGAUGCUGGCUCAGGUGCUGGCGUUGCUCCGCAUACGGCCCCAGCCGGGGAGCCACGUCCUGUGCUUCUGCGACAACGUGGCAGCCGAGCACGCUCUCAGAAAAGGCUACUCCAAAGACGAGCGCUUCACCAAGGUCCUGGCUUGCUUUUGGUCGUGGGUGGCCGACAGGUCGCUUUCUCUCACCUUUCACAGAGUGUCCUCCAAGGAGAACUGCUCCGAUGGUGUCUCCCGGGACAACUGGCAGUUCGCAGACGACUGCGGCUUCGAGAAGCUCGAGGUGGACUUCCACAACUUCUACCAGUGGCUCACCACGCUGGACCACACCGACCUGGACGUCCUGGUGCCCACGUUCGCCCAGGCUGCUGACUCCGUGUCCGCGCACCAAAUUGGGGAACAGCGCGCGGAAGUGGCUUGA